UUCUUUUCUUUUUUACCGAGAAAGGGAAUUGGUCAAAGCAUUUCUUGUAUUUCCCAGAUAUGGUUAUCUGGAACAUAAAAUCAGUCUGGGGAACUGAUACGGGUGAAAUUGUUUGGGCGCAAUGGCCUUGGAUAAAACCAUGCUAUGUUUACUAUUACAAUGUGGAGAGACAGAGUGUUAGAAGAGUUUAUAUCCAAGGAAUUGACGAUAAGGUCUUUGCUAUUCUUUUUUUUUUAAUAUUUAUUUUUGCUGAAGUCAAAAACCUAGACCCUUUCUGAAUCUUGCGGUUUAAUUUUCUUGCUUAUGGAUUUGUUCUCUUUCUUAAUUAUCAGCGACAUUGACUUUUUUCAUGCUACUUCUAUCUUAUAUCCACUCCAAUGCUCCUUCCCUCCGAGGGCGAUUUAAUUUCAUGGCAUCCACCAAUCUUCAUUAAUAUGAAUCUUCCAAACACCACUAAUUCCUUUUUCAGCGCCAAUCCUACACUGACCUCCUCCUCCCAAUCUUAUCCUUGUCAUCAUCAAAGUAAAAGUCUUGACGUUAGGGAAAUGAAAACUAUUGUGGAGAAAGAUUGAACUUGGGUUUCUGCAUUUUCCUGAGGCGCACCAAAACGGGAUAUACAUCAACGGGAUUUUGUGUUACAUUUCUCUUAACAAGUUAACUUACGUGAUAGCAUGCUUUGAUGUUAAGUCUGAGAAAUUUAGGUUUUUACAAAUAGAGAAAGAGAGCUCUGUGUUGAUUAGCUUCUUGAUGUUGAUAAACUACAAGAGACAGUUAGGUGCCCUAGUCUUUGAUGAUGGUGACGUUUAUUAUAACAAGAGCAAUAAAUGGUCAAAGCGUAGUUUUUGUUUGCCAGUUUGAGCUUUCAUGGCCAAAAGAUCAAUCUGAGAAACUCAUACGGGCGAAAUUGUUUGGGCGCCAAGUCCUUGGACCUAUCAAUUUUAUGUUUUCUACUACAAUGUGGAGAGACAGAAUGUUAGAAGCAUUGAGAUCAAAGGAAUUGAAGAGAAAUUGAUGUGUCGAGAUGCCCUUGAACCAAUUUUCAUCUUCACAAACCAUGUUGAGAAUCUGAUGAUGCGGCAAUAAAUCCGUAGCUGAUCACGGUAUUUAUUUGACUUUAAUUAUUAUUUUUUCUGAAGUCUAAGAGCAUGUCCAACCAUAAGUAUAUUAAGAGCAACAUAUACGGUGGAAGUGCUGAAGGGUUCUAAAAGAAAAAAAAAAUAUUAGUAUGCUAAUCAUGUAAAUAUAUAUUUAUUUUUAGAACUUUUAAAAAAUUAGAAAAGUGACAUCUCUUGCUUUAGUUUCCUAAGAGGUCCUAAAAAGUCUUACUUUUGAGAACUUUUUCUAACUCUCCCUCUUAUUUUUCUGAUUUUAUCUUUUCUUUUAAGUUUUACAACUCCUUCCAAAUAUUAUGGUUGGAGCUGCUCUAACAAGGGUAUCUAACAUGUAAAAUAUUAAUAUUUUACUAUAAUUCAGUUAAUGGUUAAAUUUUAAAACAGAUAAAGAAAGUAAAACCAAUUAUGGAAUGACACACAAUGUCAAAGUAUCGCAAUUUUUUUUUUGUUGAGGAUGUAAACAGGGAAUUUAUUUUUGUUCUCUCUCCACCUUUAACAAUUUUUUAAUUUGUUUAAUACAUAGAUACUGGUUAAAUACUGCUGUUAAGGUUGUCCUAAGAAAAUAUCUAACAGUUUAGAAACGUAAAUAUGUAUCUAAAAUUUAUAAUAAUAACAAUUUUGAUUUAAAUAGAUUAUUGACUUAAAAUUUAAGUGAUAGCAGAAAUCUAACUAAUCCUGUAAUGACAUUUGACAAAGCAGUUUCAAAUAGAGUUCUAAAAACAUCUCUAGAUACUUUUUGACAGUCUCUCUUCUCUUUUGACAUUUUUUUUCUAAGAGUUGAGAAACUCUUGUCCAUCCCACAGAUGGACAUGCUCUUAAGAUCUAUUCUUAUUGAUUUUUUGUUUGUUUCAUAAAUCUUUGCAACAUUGAUCUCAUUAAUAUUUCCAUGCUAGUACUGCUUUUUAUCCAUUCAUAUCACAUAAAUAUUACGUAGACUUGAGAAACAGAUCUUACAUAGAGAGAUGAGCUCUAUCAUCUUACUCCUUGUGAGCUGUGAGUUUUUGACCAUGCCAAGAAGCAAGAGUGACCGAAGCUUAUCUACGUAUUGCCACCUUUUUGAAAGAAUAUGGUUUGUCAGAGCAAGUUAUACUUUGUAUACAAUUGAUAUUGCUCUUCCACCUGGAGAAAAACACUGUUAAAAAGAGUUAAAACCCAAGAUUUCUCUGGGAGCCGAAAUUCGCACCGUCGAUUUCCAUAAAAUAAGGAAAGUUAGGAAACCCUAAAUUUCCCAGAGGUCCCAGAUUUCUGCUAAGCCAAACGUCAAGCAAUCAGAUAACAUAAACAGACGAAAAUGAUAACUUGAAUAAAGUAAAAAGAGAGCAAAGAAGAUCUUAUUCCAAAUUUGUGUAUAAGCGUUCACAACAGGUAACACCUUGGUCGCAAGAGCUGUUGGCGAGUUCCUAGUUCUAACCACCUAAGACUUGAAACCUAGUUGAGUCGCAGCUCGAUAACAAAAACAGAAAAUUGCCUAAUAUUGCGCUAAGUGCUAAGUUUGCUGUGUGUGUAAAAGUUCUCUCUUGCGCCUGUCGCUUUCGUGUCCCUUAUAUACUCCUUCUAGGUCGGUCUGGGCUUUCCUUUUCUGCCCUUGGGCCGAGUUUAUCUUCUCGCAGGAAUAUUCCAUUUUUUCCGAUCUUGAUGAUUAUCCUUUGAAACUUGACAUUUAUCUCCGAAUUUGCCUUUAGUACGACGUCGAUUUUACGAGAUAGCGGAAAUCAGUAGUAUAUCUCAGAUAACCAUUAUAUUAAGCUAAGCGUUAUCAUUUUAUACGAUCGAUCCGAACUUAUAUGAGAAAAUAAGUCUUCGUCGUUUUUAUCGUAAAGUUUUAACGGUAACUCCGAUCGGGACGAAACAAGAGACAGUUUGACCGAGACCCGAAAGAGGGAGUUUCGGAGACGAGAAUGCAUGGUGUGGGACUGAUCCAACUCACUUAAUGGCGAAUUGGACAAGGCUGAUCCAACUCGACAUCGGGCAAGUUGGACAUGAUGCAUCCAACUCGCCCAAUGGCGAGUUGGAUUGGACGUGGGCGAGUUGGGUCAGUCCCAAACCACGCAUUCUUGUCUUCGGAACUCUCAAUGGUGAUUUGGACUUGGCUUAUCCAAUUUUCCCGAUGGCGGGUCGUACGAUGCUGGUUUCCUUGUCUUGAUGCUUUGGAAACAUCUAUUCGAGAGAUUGAAUGAUCCCUUCCGAGGACCUUGUCGCGCAAAUAUUCUUAAAAAUACGAAGUUUUAGUUUUCCAUUUUUUUAUUUUUUUCACAAAAAGGUUUCUCGAGAACUUUUGGACAUUGAUUUCAUCAUUACCGAUUUUGACCCCAACAAUUUCCAGAUGAUGAUGUCUUAGUUUAUCCUUCUUUUCUCAUCCUUUAUCGACGUCGGAUCCUCCACAGAAGCCCACCGCUCUUAUAUACAAGGUCCUUCACUUCGAGGAUAAUUUUUUUCCGUCUUUCAUCAACUUUGAUAGCAUAUUUUCAAAUCGGCAUCCACCAAUCUUCUUUCUGAAUCUUCCAACCCCCGCUAAAUCCAUUUUCAGUGCCAAUCCUCCACUCACCUCUUUCUCCCAGUCUUAUCGUCAUCACAGUAAAAGUCAAUGGUUUAUUAAUGUACUAAGAAGAUAAGUCAACUGUUAUCGGUUAAUGAUGAUAAUUUUAUAUGGAUAUGGAUUCGAUAAUGAAUUAAAUCAUAGGAACGAUUACUGAGAUUAUCACUAUUUGGUAUUUCACAAGAAAACCUGAGUUUUUUUGGUUUAGGGGAUGAAUCAGUUGACCCCUAAAACGUAAUUUUUUUUUUACUAACAAGUAGAGAAUUCAACAUCUUAAUAAGAUUAUGGUACUAAAAAGAAUAUUUGUUGCCAUAUGAAUUCAAAUUUUGGUUCAUGAAUGGUGGAAAAAUAAAAGACACAAUAGGAUACUUAAGAUUCCACAUUAAAAAGAAAAGGAAACUAAAGAUUUUAAAAAUAUAAUGUAAAAUAUCAGGAUAUGUUUUUUGAUAAGCCUAUAGUAUAUUACCUCCUGUUGUCUUAGCUAUCUGCAUUCCCAGACCAUAGCAAAAAUCGUCAUGAGCCUAGAGAAAUACAACAUUCCGGUGAAACACCUUAAAAUCAUCAAAGGCCACACACGAUCAUCAAAAAACUCUUCAACGUAUGUAGGAGGAAACUCGGAGACGCUUCCCAUCGAUCUCAUCAUCGAGAUCCUCAAGAGACUACCAGCAAAAGCCAUUGCACUAUGUCGAUGUGUCUCGAAGGAAUGGGAUUCCUUACUUAGCAGUCCAAAUUUCGCAAAAUCGUUCCUGACGAGUUCAUCCACUCGGCCACAACUUUUGUUCACGUUUGAAUUCAAAGGCAAGUGGCACUUCUUUUCAUCCCCUCAGCUUCAUUUUAAUGAGAACAUAAGUGUUGUAGCACCGGAUUAUCAUAUGGGUGUCUCUGGAGAUUGGUACAAAGAAGUUUGUCUAUCCGCCAACGGUUUUGUCUAUCUUUACGAAAAGCAGAUGCUAAAGGGAAAGAUGGAAAGGGUUCCUGUGCUAUGUAACCCUAGCACGGGUCAGAAAAUACCUCUACCUAAAGUGAGAGCUAAGAAUAAUGAGUUAAGAAGCUUUCUUGGGUAUGAUCCUAUCGAGAAGCAAUUCAAGGUUUUGUGCAUGACCGUAACAAAGUAUAGAAGACAAAUAAACUCCAGAGAACAUCACGUCUUGACGCUAGGGAAAGGAAACCCAUCAUGGAGAAAGAUAGAAUGUGAGUUUCCCCAUUUUCCUCAGAACUACAGAAAGGGGAUAUGCAUCAACGGGAUAUUGUAUUAUGCAGCUCAUAACAACUUUAUUAACGUGAUAGCAUGCUUUAAUGUUAAGUCUGAAAAGUUUAGGUUUAUACAUAUAGAUUUCAACUUUUGGACGUUGAUAAACUACAAGGGAAAGUUAGGUGUCUUAGUCCGUGAUUAUAGUGACAAUAAUCAGUUAUGGGUUCUAGAUGAUACCGAGAAAGGGAAAUGGACAAAGCAUAUCUUGUAUUUCCCAAAUAUGAUUUUCUGGAACAUAAAAUCAGUCUGGGGAACUGAUACAGGUGAAGUUGUUUGGGCGCAGUGGUGUUGGAAGAAACCAUUCUAUGUUUACUAUUACAAUGUGGAGAGAAAGAGUGUUAGAAGAGUUGAGAUCCAAGGAAUUGAAGAGAAGGUCUUUAUGGAUCCAGCUGCACACCAUGGUGAAGUCUUCACCUUCCCAAACCAUGUUGAGAAUCUGAUGUUUCGGCAAUAAAUCCGUGGCUGAUCGCGGGGUCUUUGCUCUCUUUGUUUUUAUAUUUAUUUUUGCUGAAGUCUGAUGCCUAGACCAUUUCUGAAUCUUGUAGUUUAAUUUUCUUUCUUAUGGAUUUGUUUUGUUUCUAAUUAUCAGCGACAUUGAUCUAUUUGUGCUACUUCUGUUUUAUGCAUUUAUAUCACUUAAAGAUUUCUAAAGCUUGAGUAACAGAUACUCCCUCCGUUUCAUAUUAAGUGUCGUUGUAGAGAAAUUGUUUCGUUACAAAAUAAGUGUCGUUUUCAACUUUGAAUGCAAAAUUUAUUAGUUUUAUUUAACAAUUAAUUUUCUAUUGGUUGAAAUAUGGUUAGGUGUAUAAAUAAUUGUGUUUUUAUAUAUGAAGUAUACAAAAUUAAUUGUUUCCUUAAUCUGUGUGCACAAACCCAAAGUGACACUUAAAAUGAAACAGAGGGAGUAUUAGAUAUAACAUACAAAAAGAUUAGCUCCAACACCAAAAUCAUCGUGAGCUGUGAGGUUUUGACGAUGCCGAAAAGCAAGAAUGGUUGAAGUUUAUCUAAGUUUUCCACUUUUCCAAAGGAAUGUGGUUGUGCAGACGAGUUAUUAUUUGUAGGACUCACUUGUACAAGUAAAAUUGCUCUACAACCCGAAAAAUAACAGUACAGUGCAGAUACGUGAUAAAUGUUGGACCAAGCUUGAAAUAACUUAAGCAACAAGCUAUCUAUUUCCUACCGAGUUAUGGAAUAGGAAAUAGGAAAGUCCUUAAGUGUUUAGGAGUUAUCUAAACAUUAUUAUCUAGUGUGUCUAGGACUUUAUAUUCUUAUAUAUAUGGAGAUGUCAAAGUGUGACAUAAAAUAAGAGUUUUGUGAUUGAGAGAGCUUAAGGUUUUGAGUGAGUUUUCUUAAGAGAGUGAUUCUUAUUAAGAGAGUUCUUAGUUGUGUUCUUGAGAUCGAGUUUCAAUAUUUGGUAUCAGAGCUUUAGGUGCGAAAAAGCGAGAGUUAUUGUGAUCAGAUACACACCAUGAGCGACGACAAGAAAGACGAGGUCAUGAUGAAAUCGAAAGAGAUAGGACCAUCUUCAAUUAAGUGUCCCAUGCUUGAUUCUGAAAACUACACAGUAUGGGCCAUACGGAUGAAGAUUGCACUCAAGGUAAACAAGGUGUGGGAGGUUAUAGAGUCUGGAACAAAGGACGAAGACAAAAACAAUAUGGCGAUUGCGUUGUUGUUCCAAUCUAUACCAGAAGCACCAAUUCUAAAACUUGGAGACCUUGAUACCGCAAAGGCCGUGUGGGAAGCCAUACAAGCUAGACAUGUUGGAGCUGAUAGGGUUAAGGAGGCGAGAUAACAAACGCUAAUGGCUGAAUUUGACAGAAUCAAGAUGAAGGAAUCAGAUACGAUUGAUGCGUUUGUGGGAAAACUUUCAGAAAUCUCUUCGAAAUCAAUUGCACUUGGAGAAGUCAUUGAUGAACCAAAACUUGUUAAGAAGUUUCUGAAAAGUCUACCACGAAAGCGUUAUAUACAUAUUAUUGCAGCACUUGAACAAGUCCUUGAUCUUAAUAUCACAAGUUUUGAGGAUAUUGUUGGGAGGCUAAAAGCAUAUGAAGAGAGAAUUGGUGAAGAAGAAGAGGAAGAAGAAACGGAUGAUCAACGCAAGCUUAUGUUUGCGAAUUCUGAUUCGCGUCCUCAAGAGAAUCACAGAAGAAACAGAGGACGAGGAAGAGGAUACGGUGGUCGAUCGUACUGGAGAUGUAGAGGUCGUGGUCGCCAUGGUCCGUGGUAUAGACAAGAGCGAGAUGACUCCAAGAUAAUGUGUUAAAGGUGUGAUAAGCUAGGGCAUUAUGCGACGGAUUGUCCAGAUAGGUUACUUAAGCUUCUUCAGGAAAUAACAGAGAAGAAGGAAGAGGAUACAGAAGUGGCUGAUAAUUUGAUGUUACAUGAAGUGGUGUUCUUAAACGAACAAAAGGUCGAGCCAAGUUCGUUUGAAAGUGAUCAAGAUUCACUCGACUUAUGGUACCUUGACAACGGAGCCAGCAAUCAUAUGAGUGGGAAUCGGUUAUUCUUCUUUGAGCUCGAUGAAACAAUCAAAGGAAUGGUAAAAUUCAGUGAUGAUUCUCGAAUAGAGAUACAAGGAAAAGGCUCAAUACAUUUCUUACUCAAGAAUGGCGACAAGAAGGUUCUUAAUAACAUAUACUUUAUUCCUGAUUUAAAGAGCAAUAUUAUAAGUUCGGGACAGGCCACUGAAGCAUGGUGUGAAGUUACUAUGAAAGAUGAUCACCUAAUAAUAUAUGAUCGAAAUGGCAAUUUAAUAGUGAAAACUAAGAGAUCCAGGAAUCAGUUAUAUAAGGUGACCAUAGACGUGGAUAGCAUCAAGUGUCUUCAACUGAUAGGCUCGGAUGAAGGAAAUAAAUGGCACUCCCGACUGGGACAUGUCAAUGUCGAGACUAUGAAGUUGAUGGCUAACAAGGAGGUUGUAGUUGGCCUACCAAAGAUGUUCAUAGAGAAAGACACGUGCGGUUCCUGUCUGCGAGGCAAACAGACACGACAAAGCUUCCCUCAGGCAAGCACAUACAGAGCUACACAACCUCUUGAGCUGGUACACGGAGACCUUUGCGGGCCAAUUAAACCAUCUACACCAGCACACAAGAGUUACGUGUUCGUGAUCAUUGAUGAUUACUCUCGCUACAUGUGGAGCAUUCUACUAAAAGAGAAGAACGAAGCGUUUGAUAAGUUCAAAAUAUUCAAGGCACAAGCCGAGCAAGAAACAAGAACCAAGAUUCUAACAUUCCGGACAGAUAGAGGAGGAGAAUUUAUAUCAAAAGAAUUUCAAAAUUUCUGUGAGAUCAAUGGCAUCAAGAGACAUCUUACAGACCAAUAUUUGCCGCAAAAAAAAAAAAC